UUACGUUCUUACAACUUUCCUUUUCAUCUUGCGUUUGCGCCAAAUUUUGCGCCUAUACCUGCUGGCACUUGUUUAAGAAUUUGCAGAUCGGCCACAGGAAGGAGCCGGAUCCGUACUAGUGACAAACGCAGACAGGCAGAUGACAUGAACUUGUCGGUCUUCGCGCGUGCAGUUUAGUUGCCGGCGAGGAAAAUUUUGCUGAAUCGACUGAUGGUCAAGGAAGUUGCAGAAGCAGUAAGUCUUUGAUUGAAAAGUACAGAAAGGCUCGAUCAAAAUGUCGAGUUCGGGUCCUGGGGACAUCCGAAAGCUGAGUGAAAGCGUCUGCUCUUUGAUUAGAUCGAGCCACUCCAUCAGCAGCUUCUCCCAAUGCGUAACAGAGCUUGUGUGCAAUUCAAUUGAUGCUGGAGCCACAUGCAUAGCUGCGAGAGUAGAUUUUGGCGCUUUCAAAGUUCAAGUUGUGGACAAUGGAUAUGGGGUUGACGAGAAAAAUCUUGAUUUGAUUGGAGAGAGGUACAUGACCAGCAAAUGCAAUUCCCUGAAUGAUUUGGAAAACUGCUCGGAUAAAUUUGGCUUCAAAGGAGAGUCGCUGGCCAGCAUUAGUGAAAUCUGCAACCGUCUUCAAAUCACAUCAAGAGCCCUAACCAGCUGCUCCACCUACGACAAGACAUUCAUCCAAGGCAAACCUUGCUCAGUUAAGCUUGCCAAGGAGGAGAGACCUUCUGCUGGAACCACAGUCACUGUGUUUGAAUAUUUGUACAACAUGCCAGUGAGGAAGAAAAAAGUCAAUGAACACUUUGACUCAAAGGAAAUACUGCGGGAAGUGGAAUAUUUGGCACUUGUUCAUCCGCAUGUUUCAUUUUCCCUGAAGAACGAAGCCACCGGAAAGGUGUUGCUCGAGAGUCGCAAGUGUGGCAGCACAAAGGACGUCUUUGGCCAGCUGUUUGGUCCUGUUCUGGCUGACCGCUUGCAGGAGGUUGAGUUCAAAAACGGUGAGGGACUGUCAGUGGAAGGUUUAAUCAGUCCCAUCGGCCAUCAUGACAAAAGCUACCAAUUUGUUUAUGUAAACAAAAGAAUUGUCCUGAAAACCUCUGUGCACCAAAUUGUGAUAAAAUUGCUCUCCUGGAUGUUCAAAAGUGAAAAGAAGCAAAAGUACCCAGUCUUCGUACUUAACCUUUCAUGCCCAUACUCCUCAUAUGACAUCACAACAGACCCAAGUAAAACGUUGAUUGAUUUCAAAAAUCAUGAGGCUGUGCAGAGAGUAUUUGAGGGAGCUGUGAAGGGAUUUGCGAAGAUUCAAGGUUUAGAAAUCCCAUUGGAAGUUUUGAAAGGGAACGAGCAGAAGAUUGAGAAGCCUCCGGCGAACUUAAAAAUGCCUCAAAUUAACAGCGAAAUCAAAAUGAGCAGACAGACCAAAGGAGCAAUUUCGAGAAGGGUAGUUUCCACAAAGGAAAUUGUGGAAGAAGUCAUGAAAAAGCCUGCCUCAAAUCACAGUCCUGGAAAUGAAAUUGUUAAGACUUGGGAUGAUGUGAUGCCUCACCUGGAAAGAUUCAGCUCUGCCAUCAAGACGGAAAACAAGGAAAAGGCUUCCACCCCAAAAUCUCCAAACACAAGAAUACCAACUAGUGACUUUAGCAGUCCAGAAAUAGAGGAAAACUCAUGGUGUUACGAACAAGCCAGAGAAAUUGUGUUUGAAAAGUACUCGCAAGUAGUGCUUACAUCUCUUUCUGAUUUCCUUGCAUUGCUGAAUUUAAAUGAGCUAAAUACUCAGACCCAGGAGGAAAGCGAAUCAUCUUCAAAGCAAAACUCUUCCUCUUUGACUCAGGUGCUGGAAACUAUGGCUGUCGAAGCGGCAAUUGAAUCUGCCGAGGACAUUUUCAACAGGCACAAUGAUUUUGAUUUCAAUCCGAUACUUAACGAGAGCAAAGAAGAUUGUGAGAACAUUGUCUUCGACUCAGAUGACAAUGAAGUUUAUGAGAGCCCAUCAUAUGAUCAGAUCUUGGAUGAUGCACCACCAGAAGAACAUGAAAAUUCAAAUGCUGGGUCGUACACAAACAGGUGCAGCUAUGAUGUGUACUAUACUGCGGAAGAGCAACCCUCUCAAAGCUACAUGACAAAGUCGCCACCAGAGCUGCUUGAAAAGGAGCCAGGGUUGCAAAUCCUUCAGCACCUCUCACCAAAUGACCCAGAACGUGAAGACCUUGCUAGUUUUUUUGGCCCUCCACGAAGUUCAAGCAUUGAAGUCACAAAGAAUUAUGAUUACUUGGAAAUGUGCUCUUUGCGCCCCCAGAUGAUUGUUGAAAACAGUCCUUUCCUGGGCUUAGAUGAGCAAAAUGAUGACUAUGAAAUGCUUCAUUUGACACCAUCAAGAGAUCAACCUUUGGACGCAGGAAGUGAAGAGUACGAUGCAACAAAUGAUAUUCCCGUUAUAUUGGAGAACAACAGUUUAAAAUUGUUUGAUGAUGAGUUUAUGGAAUCGUUUGCCCCUGAUUUGGAGGAGCCUGAAAUUUCGCAGAGCAGUUGGAAGCGGAAGAAAUCAUCCCCUCUGGCCGUAUCUCUGGGAGAGCCAAAAAAAGCAAAAAUGUCUGAAGAGUGGUGUUUGCUGGAGUCUAAUGAUGGGAAGCAGUUUUUUCUUAACUCCCAAACUGGACAAAUCAUGACUGAAUCUCCUAAAGUCGAAGACGGAUUUGCCAUCAAUGAGAGAAGCCAUCUGUUGCCUGUCGGUGCGUCCCCUAUCUGCAAUUUAGCCACAAACUGUGAUUUUCAACUCGACGCUAGAGAGAAAAACAAACUAUCUGAAUUAGUGGAGGAAACAUUGGUCAGCUGCGAAGAAAACGCCAAAUUGCUGAAGUGGAAUAAUUCCUCAGAUGUGGCCUCUGGCAAAGAAGGCCUAGAAAUGCAGGGCCUUGUCCAGAGACAUGUGAUUGAAGCAGGCUCCAGGGAAAUGCCUCCCUUAGAGACUAACGAGCUGUUCACUGGGCUACGAAGCUCAUUUCACAAGUACGAGUUUCAGCCCGAAACUUUAAACAAUGCAAAGGCAAUUGCCCAGUUUGACAACAAGGCUGUUAUUGCACUUGCCAACUCCAGUAAAGGAAGCAACUUAAAUAUGGUGGUGCUGAUUGAUCAGCAUGGAGCCCAUGAGAGGAUUCGUCUGGAAAUGUUGACAAAUGAUUACCAGAAGAACAAUUGCUUCCUCUCCGCACCUGUGCAUCCUCCAAAAAAUUUUGAUCUCUCAAAAAGUGUGAUAAGUGCAGUCAUCGAGUUCCAGAGCAUAUUUGCUCAAUAUGGUUUGGAGUGUGAGGCGAUGAGUGAAACUGAAGUAAGAGUCUUUUCUGUCCCAUUGUGCUUUUCUAAAAAACACGAAAGGCUGGUUCAGAGUCAAGUUAUAGGUUGGAAUUUGGAGGAUGCUGUUGAAAAGUUAAUCAGGGAGCUAGCUCAGACAUUAACUUGUACUAAAGGCAUUUGCAUGAGCAUUCCACAGGAAAUUAUUGAGGUUUUAAAUAGCGAGGCUUGUUCAGGGGCCAUCAAAUUCAACAUGUCACUCUCAAGAGCAGCCUGUGCUGAUCUUCUCACAGAACUCUCCAACUGCAAACUUCCCUUUCAAUGUGCACAUGGGCGAAACACCAUUGUGCCUAUCAUCAACCUGGAUAAGCAGGAAAAACCAAAGAUUCGUAAGGCAAAAAUUGACUCGUUUAUCAGAAGAAUGAAAUCAUAAGUAGAUCAUCUGUGAUGAAAUUUUAAGUUUUUCACUUACAAUUUGCAUAAGUCCAAAUUGACAAUUAGUAGCAAAAGGCUGCCAGAUUUUAUUUAAAAUCAACUUAAGUGAAGUGAAGUGCAGCUCACAAAAUUGAGUACAAACUAUGUACUAUGUUCAUUUUAAAGAUACAAGUUGAAAUAAGGUUAAUUUUACAUAAAGUUGUCAAUUAAAUUGACAUUACUAUU